ACAAUAAUUAGAGUAAUGGUGAGGAAGCGUACACGUAGACAAAGCCGUUGUACCUUUGACCAUUCAGUACACCAACGGAGGAGGAGGAAGAACAGAGGAGGAGGCCGCGCCGCCAUGUCUCGGGUGGAUUCAGCUUCUGCCGCCGUCACCUUUCCCGGAUUCCGAACCUCUUCCGAUCUGCCUCGAAACCAACAGAAGAACCGCUUCGUGAAUUUCCACUUCCACAAUAAAAAAAAUCGCCGACAAUUCAGAAUCUUUUGCCAGACAAAUCCGAAUCCAGUGGAAUCCGCAGCAGCAGAGGAGGAAAAGCAGUUACCGGAGGAGGCGGAUUCCGAAGCCAAAGGAAACUCAGAUGCAACCACAGCUCCGCCGGCCGGAAUCGGAUUCCCGGAGUAUCCAGACAAAAAUUUCAACCGGCGAAUCGCGGUGGUUUCCACCGCCGCAGCGGUUGGACUGUUCCUGUCGACGCGACUGGAGUUCGGCGGCCGUGUGUCGUUGAAGGAUCUCUCGGCUUCAGCAUUGCCUUAUGAGGAGGCUCUCUCGAAUGGAAAACCAACUGUGGUUGAGUUCUAUGCUGAUUGGUGUGAAGUUUGCAGAGAAUUGGCACCAGAUGUCUACAAAGUGGAGCAAAAAUUCAAGGGGGAAGUGAAUUUUGUGAUGUUGAAUGUCGACAAUACAAAGUGGGAACAAGAGCUAGAUGAGUUUGGGGUUGAAGGCAUUCCUCAUUUCGCCUUCCUCGACCGGGAAGGGAACGAGGAGGGGUACGUCGUAGGCCGUCUCCCUACUAAAUACCUUCUCGAAAACGUCGACGCCCUUGCCCGGGGUGAAGCAACCGUGCCUCACGCUCGUGUCGUUGGGCAGUUUUCAAAUGCCGAAUCCCGGAAAGUUAGUCGGGUUGUCGAUCCGAGAAGCCAUGGCUGAAAUAACUAGUACUCAAAGUUAUCAUUUGCUAAUGAAGAAGAUGAUCAUGGUAUUCAAAGAUUGAAUAUUAUUCAAA